CAAAAAUAAAAUGCUUUGUUAUUAUGAAAAUAAAAAUAAUACAAUUCCUUAUUAAUUCAUUCAUGUCUUCUUCUUCUUCAACAUCGCAUCGACAAGGAAAUUAGAAUCAGACCCUCCAUUGCCCGAGUCCAAUUUUCCAGUAAUCCUUCAUCUUCUCCUAUUGUUUUCCCGAUUCAAAACCCUAAUCUUGACAGUCAAAGAGUCUGUAUGCAGGAAAGCUUAGAUUUUUAGUAAAUGGUGGGUUCCUCGAUUAUGAACUGAUCUGAACAAUUUAUUUGAAAAUUCUCGCGGUAUGAAUCUUUGAUUUUGCAAUGGGGGCGACGGGUUCUAAGCUGGAGAAAGCAUUGGGCGACCAAUUCCCUGAAGGCGAACGAUAUUUUGGGCUCGAGAAUUUCGGCAAUACUUGUUACUGCAAUAGCGUCCUUCAGGCACUUUAUUUUUGUGUACCGUUCCGGGAACAGUUGAUAGAAUAUUAUACGGAUAAUAAGAAUCUUGCUGAUGCUGAAGAAAAUCUCCUGACUUGCUUAGCUGACCUUUUUAUGCAGAUAAGCUCGUCUAAGAAAAAAACUGGCGUGAUUGCCCCGAAGCGCUUCGUGCAGAGACUGAAAAAGCAAAAUGAGAUCUUUCGCAGCUAUAUGCACCAGGAUGCUCAUGAAUUUCUGAACUAUUUAUUGAAUGAAUUGGUGGACAUACUGGAGAAAGAGGCUCGAGCUGCAAAAGCUGAAGCCGAAACUUCAUCACCAACUGAAAAGAUGUCAAAUGGACCGACCAGCAUGCAUGCCAAUGGUGCACAAAAGGAGCCUCUUGUCACAUGGGUGCACAAGAAUUUUCAGGGUAUUUUAACCAAUGAAACAAGGUGCCUACGCUGUGAGACCGUAACUGCAAGGGAUGAAACAUUCUUGGACUUGAGCCUUGAUAUUGAACAAAACAGUUCUAUUACAAGCUGCUUGAAGAAUUUUAGUUCCACCGAGACAUUGAAUGCUGAGGACAAAUUUUUUUGCGACAAGUGCUGCAGUUUGCAGGAGGCCCAGAAGAGAAUGAAAAUAAAGAAGCCCCCUCAUAUAUUGGUAAUCCAUUUAAAGCGAUUCAAAUAUAUCGAGCAGUUGGGGCGGUAUAAGAAACUAUCAUACCGUGUUGUCUUCCCGCUUGAAUUGAAGUUAAGUAACACUGUUGAGGAUGCGGAUGCUGAAUAUUCCCUAUUUGCUGUCGUUGUACAUGUUGGGAGUGGACCCAACCAUGGACAUUAUGUCAGUCUUGUGAAAAGUCACAACCAUUGGUUAUUCUUUGAUGAUGAGAAUGUGGAGAUGAUUGAGGAGUCCGCCGUACAGACUUUCUUUGGAUCAGCUCAAGAGUACUCGAGCAAUACAGAUCAUGGCUACAUCUUGUUCUAUGAAAGAACUGCUGCUGCUGGCAGAAGCUGAGAGGGCUAGUGAUUCAUAACUCAUCAUCAGCUUUCCAUAUCUCCCAAUUUUGGACGGGACUUCUGUCGUGGACGGAAUUUUUAUUCUUUACCCUUACCUUCCGAUGUAUUCUAGGAUAUUUCGAACACCUACUAAGUCAAGCUGGUAUGAGAAAUAUAUGUAUACUUUUAGGUUUGGUUCCAUGUACAGUGGAUGGUGUAGCUUACUGUCCUUUAUUUUAUUUUUGCCGGAAAUAAAGGGGAAUAGAUGCAGUGUAUAUGGUGAUGAAAUGUUGUAGAUUUUCAUUUUCUGCUGUACUGCCUCUUAUCUUAAUUAACCGAGGUAAACCUAGUUUUGGAACAUUGCAUUUGCAUAUUUGACAUGCAAUUAAUUUUACUCAACAUCAUUCAUCUUGGUUACUUUUCUAAGUAUUAUGUCUGCACAAAUCACUAUGUCACAUUACCCAAAUAGCAUCAGUUCCGA